AUCCAUUUGCCACUGCAAUCUUACACCAUCAAAAUACCCUAAUAGCCAAAAAGAAAUUAUGGCAUUGAAUAUGAUUAUCUCACCAAAAUUGUUGAAUAGUUUUGUUAAGGCAUCACCACUACAAGUACCAUUGCCGGCCACCACAAGAAGAUGUUCAAAAGAGUCUAGUACUACUUCUAAAACCUGCAAGGCAUUAUUGAUGAUGCCAAAUGCAAAAAAGAUAGAAAUCUUUAAGUCAAUGGAAGAAUGGGGAAGAGAAAACAUUUUACCUCUAUUGAAGCCAGUAGAUCAAAGUUGGCAACCACAAGAUUUUCUACCAGAACCAACAUCAGAGGGGUUCGAGGAACAAGUGAAGGAGUUAAGAGAGAGAGUAAAGGAAGUACCAGAUGACUACUUUGUGGUGUUGGUAGGGAAUAUGAUCACUGAAGAAGCCUUACCAUCCUACCAUGCACGAAUCAAUGGGAUCAACAACUUCCACGACAAAACAGGUGCAGAUGAGACGCCUUGGGCCAUAUGGGCAAGGGGUUGGAGUGCUGAAGAGAAUAGACAUGGUGAUCUUCUCAACAAGUAUCUUUACCUCUCUGGUCGAGUUGACAUGAAGCGAAUUGAGACAACUAUUAAUUAUUUGAUUGCAAGAGGAUUGGAUGUUGGUAUCGGAAAUGAUUCAUACCUAUUCGCAAUCUACACAUCAUUUCAAGAAAGAGCAACAUUUAUAUCACACCGAAACACAGGUAAACUUGCAUUCAAAUAUGGUGAUACAAAACUCGCCCAAAUAUGUGGAGUAGUAGCUAGUGACGAGAAACGACACGAGACUGCUUACACCAAAAUAGCUUCGAAGCUCUUCGAGCUCGAUCCAAACGACAUGGUUUUGGCAUUUGCAGACACUAUGAAGAGAAAGAUUAGUAUGCCUGCUCACCUAAUGUAUGAUGGAAUUGACCCUAAUCUAUAUACCCAUUUCACUAACAUUGCCUCACGUGUUGGGGUUUAUAGUGUGACUGAGUAUAGAGAAAUAUUAGAACAUUUGGUGGCCAAAUGGAAUGUAGAAAAGCUUAUUGGGCUUUCUAGUGAAGGAAGACAGGCCCAAGACUAUCUUUGUGGGUUGGCCCAUAGAGUCAAAAGGAUUGAAGAGAUGGUCAAGAGUAAGGCCCAAAUGAAUGAUUCUUCUUCCAUUCGUGUAAGUUGGGUGUUAGAUAGAGAAAAAGUGGUUCAAAUCUAGAUUAUGAUAUGUAUAAGCUGGUAUUUUUAAUAUCUGAAUUGUUAUAAUUCAAAUAUUUUU